GAACUGAUAUUCAGUGGAAGUUCCCGAUGGCCAUUAUCAUAAUUUUUUUGACAGAUUUGGUUUCGGUGAAACAUUCACAGUUAAAAGUAAAAUGUUGAAAUUUGGGAAAUUGUCUACGGAUGUUAUUCUUAAGAAUUUUAACGCAUGCCAGAAAUUCAAGGUCCCAGUGCGUAACAAAUCCUACUUGCCGAUGAAUACUAUCAUUAUGUUUGUUCCACAACAAGAGGCAUGGGUUGUUGAAAGAAUGGGUCGCUUUCAUGAAAUAAUGGAUCCUGGAGUUAAUUUCUUGUUGCCAUUUAUUGAUAAGAUUAAAUAUGUCCAGAGUCUGAAAGAAAUAGCUAUAGAUGUUCCUAAACAAACAGCUAUUUCUUUGGACAAUGUUACGUUGAGCAUCGAUGGAGUUUUAUAUUUACGAAUUAUAAAUCCAUACAAAGCUUCUUAUGGUGUUGAAGAUCCUGAAUUUGCUGUCACUCAACUCGCGCAAACGACAAUGAGGUCUGAAUUGGGAAAGAUGUCCUUGGAUAAAGUAUUUAGGGAGAGAGAAUCCCUUAAUGCGAGCAUUGUAGAAUCUAUUAACAAAGCCAGUGAAGCUUGGGGUAUUACGUGUCUCCGAUAUGAAAUUCGUGAUAUAAGACUGCCAGAUCGAGUUCAUGAAGCCAUGCAAAUGCAAGUUGAAGCCGAAAGAAAAAAAAGAGCAGCAAUUUUGGAGUCUGAGGGGAUCCGCGAAGCUGAAAUAAAUAUUGCAGAAGGCAAAAGAAAAGCAAGAAUACUUGCUUCUGAGGCUGAGCGACAAGAAAAUAUUAACAAAGCAAGUGGAGAAGCCGCUGCUAUUCUUACAAUUGCUGAUGCUAGAGCAAGGGGCCUCCAAACUAUUGCCAAGUCAGUAGCCUCUGAGGAUGGACAAAAAGCUGCUUCACUUACAUUGGCCGAACAAUAUAUUUCAGCUUUCAGUAAUCUAGCAAAAACUAACAAUACAAUGCUAUUACCUUCGAACUCUAGCGACAUUUCUUCAAUGGUGUUUCAAGCAUUUAACAUUUAUGACAUGAUAUCAAAAAAAAACAUUUCCGAAAAAAGUUUAACGGAAACAGUAUUGGAUAAAGACGUCAUGCCGAAUAAACCCUCAACAUUAUCUAUGGAGAUAAAAGAAAAACUGUAAAAAAAAAUAAUGUUGAAUAAAAUAUUGUUGGAAAUAUUUA